AUGUCAUUCAUCACCACCAUCCCUCAGGGUCUUCAAAACACACUACAAUUCAGUCUUCGAGAUAAAAGAGAGGUGUUUGGUUACCGUACCCAGCGUCUACGGCGAGCCCUCUGCCUCCUCACAUCUGUGCUGACCUGUGGGCUUCUUCAGCUGGUAUUCUACUGGAGGCCCCAAUGGGGAGUAUGGGCCAGCUGCCUCCAGUGCCCCUUGAAAGAAGCAGACACUGUUUUGCUGAGAACAACCGAUGAAUUUCAAAGGUAUAUGAGGAAGAAGGUUUUCUGCCUCUACUUAUCCACACUGAAGUUUCCUAUAAGCAAGAACCCAGAAGAACCCCUAGUGGCUGAUCGCCACUCUGUCAUAAACCAAGCUGUAAUGAAGCCAGAAUUAAAACUGCGAUGCAUUCAAGUGCAGAAGCUCAGGUAUGUUUGGGUCAACUUGGAGAAGAGAUUUCAGAAAGUUGGAUUGUUAGAAGACAGCAACUCCUGCUAUGACAUCCAUCAUACAUUUGGAUUGGGCCUGACCAGUGAAGAGCAAGAGGUCAGGAGAUUAGUGUGUGGACCCAACACCAUUGAAGUUGAAAUCCAACCCAUAUGGAAGCUGCUUGUCAAACAGGUUUUAAAUCCAUUCUAUGUGUUUCAAGCCUUCACACUCACGUUGUGGCUAUCUCAAGGUUACAUAGAAUACUCUGUGGCCAUCAUCAUCUUGACUGUUAUGUCCAUUGUCUUGAGUGUAUAUGAUUUGCGACAGCAAUCAGUCAAGCUGCACAACCUUGUGGAGGAACACAACAAAGUCCAGGUUACAAUCAUGGUCAAAGACAAAGGUUUACAGGAGCUGGAAUCACGUCUCCUGGUCCCCGGAGAUAUUCUUAUUCUUCCAGGGAAGUUUUCGUUGCCGUGUGAUGCUGUUCUGAUUGAAGGGAGUUGUGUGGUGAAUGAAGGCAUGCUCACAGGAGAAAGUAUCCCUGUCACCAAGACACCACUGCCCCAGAUGGAGAACACCAUGCCCUGGAAAUCGCACAGCUUGGAGGAUUACCGGAAACACGUCCUUUUCUGUGGGACGGAAGUUAUCCUGGUCAAGCCCUCUGGGCAGGGGCCUGUAAGGGCAGUUGUUUUGCAAACAGGUUAUAACACAGCCAAAGGGGACUUGGUGAGAUCCAUCCUCUACCCCCGGCCUCUGAACUUCAAACUAUACAGUGAUGCCUUCAAGUUCAUGGUAUUCCUGGCCUGCCUUGGUGUCGUGGGCUUUUUCUAUGCCCUAGGGGUAUACAUGUACCAUGAAGUGCCUCCAAAGGACACUGCAACCAUGGCCCUGAUCCUCCUCACUGUCACGGUGCCCCCCGUGCUGCCAGCUGCCCUGACCAUGGGCAUCGUGUAUGCCCAGAAGAGGCUGAAGAAGAAGGAAAUCUUCUGUAUCUCACCCCAGAGAAUCAACAUGUGUGGGCAAAUCAACCUUGUGUGCUUUGACAAAACUGGCACUCUAACAGAAGAUGGGUUGGACCUCUGGGGGACUGUCCCUACUGCUGACAACUGUUUCCAAAAAAUCCACAGCUUUGUCUCAGGCAAGGCUUUGCCGUGGGGCCCACUGUGUGCGGCCAUGGCCAGCUGCCACUCUCUCAUCCUCCUUGAUGGGACCAUCCAGGGAGACCCCCUGGACCUCAAAAUGUUUGAGGGCACUGCUUGGAAAAUGGAAGAGCGCAAUGUAGACUCCUGCAAAUUUGGGUUGUCAGCUUCCAACAUAACAAUAAAACCGGGACCCAAAGCCAGUCAGAGUCCUGUGGAAGCCAUCACCAUUUUGCGUCAGUUUCCCUUUUCCUCAAGUCUGCAGAGGAUGUCUGUGAUUGCUCAGCUGGCUGGGGAAGAUCACUGCCAUGUGUACAUGAAAGGAGCCCCGGAGAUGGUGGCCAAGUUCUGCAGAUCUGAUACAGUGCCCAGGAAUUUCCCACAGGAGCUGAGGAAUUACACAGUGCAAGGCUUCCGUGUUAUUGCCCUUGCCCAUAAAGCCUUGAAGAUGAAGAAGCUUUCAGAAGUGGAGCAUUUAGCCAGAGAGAAAGUGGAGUCAGAGCUAACAUUUCUGGGACUUCUCAUAAUGGAGAAUCGCUUGAAAAAGGAAACCAAACCAGUGCUGAAGGAGCUGAGGGAGGCCCACAUCAGGACGGUGAUGAUCACAGGUGACAACCUUCAAACGGCCAUUACUGUUGCUAAGAAUUCCGAAAUGAUUCCUCCAGGCAGCCAAGUGAUUAUCGUGGAAGCCAAUGAACCAGAUGAGUUUGUGCCUGCCUCUGUGACCUGGCAGCUGGUGGAGAACCAGGAGACGGGACCAGGGAAGAAUGAAAUCUCCAUUAACAUUGGAAAGGGCUCAGGCCCUGAUGGGGAAAGACAGAGCUGCUACCAUUUUGCAAUGAGUGGGAAAUCAUACCAGGUGAUAUUUCAGCAUUUCAACAGCUUGCUUCCAAAAAUUCUGGUGAAUGGAACCAUCUUUGCAAGAAUGUCUCCUGGGCAGAAGUCAAGCCUUGUUGAAGAAUUUCAGAAAUUAAAUUAUUAUGUGGGCAUGUGUGGAGAUGGAGCUAAUGACUGUGGGGCCUUGAAAAUGGCUCAUGCAGGAAUCUCACUGUCAGAACAGGAAGCAUCUGUGGCAUCACCUUUUACCUCGAAAAUAGCCAACAUUGAGUGUGUGCCUCAUCUCAUCCGAGAAGGCCGAGCUGCUCUGGUUUCAUCCUUUGGGGUAUUUAAAUACCUGACCAUGUAUGGCAUAAUUCAAUUCAUUGGUACAUCAUUGCUCUAUUGGCAACUGCAACUCUUUGGGAAUUAUCAGUAUCUCAUGCAAGACGUAGCCAUUACUCUGAUGGUCUGCUUAACAAUGAGUUCAACUCAUGCCUACCCAAAGCUGGCUCCAUAUCGACCAGCAGGACAGCUCCUCUCCCCGCCUUUGCUGCUCUCUGUCUUUUUGAAUUCCUGUUUCAGCUGCAUAGUGCAGAUAUCGGCAUUUCUGUGUGUGAAGCAGCAGCCCUGGUAUUGCGAGGCCUACCGAUACAGUGAGUGCUUUCUGGCCAACCAAAGUAAUUUCUCAAUAAAUGGGAGUUCGGAAAGAAACUGGCCUGGAAAUGCAACCCUGACUCCUGGCUCGAUUCUAAGUUUUGAGAGUACCACAUUGUGGCCCAUCACCACGCUCAACUGCAUCACUGUAGCUUUCAUCUUUUCUAAGGGAAAGCCGUUUCGAAAACCCAUCUACACAAACUAUAUAUUUUCAUUUCUGCUGAUAUCUGCAUUGGGCCUCACAAUCUUCAUCAUGUUUUCCAAUUUUCAAGAUAUAUACCAUGGAAUGGAAUUCAUUCCGACCGUAACUUAUUGGAGGGUUUUGAUUUUCGUGGCAGCCCUUACCCAAUUCUGUGUGGCCUUCUUUGUAGAGGAUGCUAUUCUUCAAAACCGUGAGCUCUGGCUGUUGAUCAAGAAAGAAUUUGGGUUCCACUCUAAAAGUCAGUACAGAGCCUGGCAAAAAAAGCUGGCAGAAGACUCUACAUGGCCUCCCACAAACAGGACAGAUUAUUCAGGCGAUGGCAAAAAUGGAUUCUACAUCAACAGAGGCUAUGCAAGCCCUGAACAGGUUCCAAAAAAACAACUCGGCUUGGGAGACCCAACCACAGAGCAGCACUUUUGGACUAGAUUGUAA